GAGAUUCACCGAGCACUGGCCACCAAAUCAUAGGAAAGAAUACUCAGAGAAGGAAGCAACAAGAUUAGUUCUUAGCUUUUUUGGAAUUGUACGGCUUUCCUGGAUACUUGGCAGGGGGAUGCUUGGACAGAAAUAGACAGACAGAGAGGAGUGGAGCUGUCAAGGUGGAGGAGAUAGUAGGAAAGUACCGGGUGACCUUCCGUGAAGAGAUGAAUUUGGGAGGGCAAUGGUAAUUAAACACAAUUUGUUGAAAUCCGAAACAUGCACAUUUUCUGAAGACAUGCAGAUGAGAGCGAAGAAGGGCUAUAAGUCAGGACAACAACUGAGGUAAAAGAGAAGUUUCGACCAACCCAUAGACGUUAAGGAAUCCCUAACUCAAGGGUCCCUGGACUGACACUUGAACAGUAUCUCGCCAUGCUGGAUCUGGAUCUGAGGUCUCUAACACAGCCGGCCGGCAUCAUCCGGAUGGCGGAGGUGGUGCUCACCUGCGUUUGUUUCAGUUUGGUUGCUUCCAAGGGCCAUGUCAUCUCCUCACACUGGGCCUGGUGCAUGUUCACCUGGUGCUUCUGCUGCUUCUUCUCCCUCUUCAUUCUCAUUAUGGAGUUCACACGCUUCAGUGCUAAGGUGCCCAUCUCCUGGGAUGACUUCACCACGGCCUUUGCCAUGCUGGCCACUCUAAUGUGUUUCACCUCCUCCAUAAUAUACCCCACCUUCUUCACCUGCUCCACUUGCUACCGUGAGAUUGCCGCUACAAUCAUUUCCUUAUUUGGUUUUGGGGCAUACGCUGGUGAGGUAGUGUUGGCCCGCCUUCGGCCUGGCGAGAUCAGUGGCUUCCUGUCAACAGUACCCGGUCUGCUGAAGAUCCUGGAGACCUUCGUGGCCUGCAUUAUCUUCACAUCAUUGGAUCCGGCAAAGUUCUCAGAGUAUCCUGGGCUCCAGUGGUGUGUGGCUGUCUAUUCUCUGUGCUUCAUCUUUGCUCUUGUCAUCAUCAUCUUCACAGUCGGACAGCUGCUGUCGCUCUUUCCCAUCUCCUUCGAGAAACUGGUGACGGUCUAUAACGUCCUGGCCUCGAUGAUGUAUAUGACUGCUGUGGUCAUCUGGCCUCUGUAUGGUUUCAAGAACAGGUCCCGGCCCAUUCCCUGCCCAUCACCCUGCACCUGGGACGACCUAGUUGUUGUUACGUUUAUGACCGUGAUCAACCUGGCAAUUUAUAUAUUGGAUACAGUCUACUCAAUUAAGAUGGUCUUCUUCACACAAUAUGAGGAAUAGAGCAUUUCCUGAACCGUGUCCUGUGACUUUUCCAGAACCAUUUAAUGGCUGAAGGCAUAACAGGUGUUACAUCAACAUAUUAUUCCAUUGCCAGGCAUGUGAAGAAUGAACUUUAUAUUGAAUGACUUCAGGACUUCAUAUAUUUCAGAAGUGGAUCAAAAGUGUCAUUACAUUUGUAAAGUGUAAUUAACGGUAUAUUGUCUACUGGAUUAAGAACAUUCACUGCACGUUAGCAGAAUAAUUUCUGAUAUAUUUAUAUGGCAUUGUAAAUUAACCUCUGUUGCAGAUUGAACAUGAAGGAACACUUUUUUGACUCCUAAAGCUACUGAAGUAUGCAGUAGAAAGCCAAGUUAAUGAAUGAUUGUAUCAAUUGCAUUGCAAUUAUAAUGGCCCAAAGGAACUUUAGAUCCUGGUGGAAAUAUUGCAUGUGAGUGGGGCAUUAAUGAUUAAACUUAUUGAUGUCUCAAGUCACCAGACUGAAUUCCCAUUUGCAGUUAAUGAUUUGUUUAACCUUGAGAAUCUAUAGGUUACUACUCAGUAGAACCGAAAUAAACUUCUGGCAAUGUAGAUUCUCUGAAUUACAAAGGAUCUGUGAUGUUAUUAUUAUGUUCAUCACUUUGUAAAAAUGUUCUUAUGUCCUAUGCUACUUGGCUUGAUGUUUGACAAACCCGCUUUAUUCCAGCUGAAGGAGAAACAUUGUGCAGUAAGGCUUUGUCUUUUCUUAUUUAAAAUCCCAGGGCUUUAAAAUCAGAGAGAAAAAAUAUGAAAUUAAUAUGAAAGUAAAUUGACAAAAUAAUGGUGGAGAGAGAAAAAGAAAACAAUUAACAAGCUAAAUAGAUGCCAUGAAAAAUACAUCAAUUGCAGGGAGGAGAUCUAGAAGAGAGAAAGACCCAUAGUGGUAGUGAAGACCAGAUAGACAAAAUAUUGUAAAACAGAUCAUAUCAGUAACUCAGUUCGAUUUGAUAAUAAUCAAGCCGUUUAUACGUUAUAUGAUUUGCAUUUGGUUCAUUAUUUGUUUGUAAGUGGAUAAUGACCUGCACAAGGAUGACAGAAGGAAGGAAAGGUGUGGGAGCAGAUGCAAUACAAACUGUUUUCACGCGCAAAGUCACAGAUAUUGGACAGUGUAUGAUGACUAAAUGUAGAAACUUGUCAUCUAGAUGUGUCAGUGGGUUUUAUUCUCUGGUCAAACAAGCAAGCGGUAAAACACCAAAUUGGGGAACGAUGGAGCAUUAAUUGUGCUAGUGCC